GGCAGGGAGCCCUCGCUCGAGGUCCGGCCGUGGGUCUGGUCGCGGGUCCGUCCGUCCUGUCGCCCGCCGCCGGCCGCCCCCGCGGAGAAUGGGAGGACAAAGGGAGGGGGCGGUUCUGGGGCCCCUGGGGGAAUCCAGAGUCUCAGGUGCCUGUCCCUGCCCACUGACACUUUCGGUUUCUCCCGGAGUCAGAGGCGCUCCGCCCACGAGCCCCCGGGCUGGCGCCGGGCGCAGCUGCUUCUCCGCCUUUGCCUCCCCGUCUUUGUGUCUGUCCGUGUGUCUGUCUGACUGUCCCCGAGCUCCAGAACUAAGCUGCCGGGACGGCAACCCGCGGACCCCCGCCCCUUUCCCAUGGCAGGCUACUUGCCCCCUCAAGGUUACGUCCCUUCGCCCCCACCUCCCUACCCGGUGGCCUCCGGGUACCUGGAGCCGGCGCUGCAUCCCGGACCCAGGCAGGCGCCGGUGCCCGCCCAGGUGCCCGCCCCCGCGCCCGGCUUCGCCGUCUACCCCUCGCCCGGCCCCGGGGCCGCGGGGUCUGCUGCCCCCUUCUUGCCACUGCCGGGGGUACCUUCUGGCCUCGAUUUCCUGGUGCAGAUUGACCAGAUCUUGAUUCACCAGAAGGUUGAGCUAGUGGAAGCGUUCCUCCGCUGGGAGUCCUGUAACCGGUAUGAACUGCGCUCGGGGGCCGGGCAGCCCCUGGGCCAGGCGGCCGAGGAGAGCAACGUCUGCGCCCGCCUGUGCUGCGGCACCCGCCGGCCGCUGCGCAUCCGCCUGGUGGACCCCUGGAACCGCGAGGUGCUGCACCUGCUCCGCCCGCUGCACUGUGGCUGCAGCUGCUGCCCCUGGGGCCUGCAAGAGAUGGAAGUACAGGCUCCACCUGGCAGCACCAUUGGCCACGUGCUACAGACCUGGCAUCCCUUCCUCCCCAAGUUCUCCAUCCAGGACGCUAAUCGCCAGACGGUCCUGCGGGUGGUGGGACCCUACUGGACCUGUGGCUGUGGCACAGACAUCAGCUUUGAGGUGAAGACGCGGGACGAGUCCCGCAGCGUGGGCCGCAUCAGCAAGCAGUGGGGGGGCCUGCUCCGAGAGGCCCUCACGGAUGCCGACGACUUUGGCCUGCAGUUCCCGCUGGACCUGGACGUGAGGAUGAAGGCCGUGCUGCUGGGAGCCACCUUCCUCAUCGACUACAUGUUCUUCGAGAAGCCAGGAGACGCUGGGUCCUCUGCCGUCACGAGUUAGAAGCCACCUCAGGGGGAAGAGACCGUCACCUCAGCCAGAAUUCAAGAUGGUUGCCUGCCCCGGCCUGGCCCCUCCUCAAAGGCUGCCCCUCUCCUCCGGGUACUCAGCAGGGGACAGACAGGGUGCCCGAGAGGCUGGCGGUCGCGGUGCCCCAUUCCUACAUUACCUGCCUGGCCUCCUUCACCUGUGGCCCCCACAGAAGCGAGUGUAUGAGAACCCUCCCCUCCGCUCCCUCCCUCCACUCUCCCGGCACCCAGGCAUAUGGCUUUCAAACUGUCCCUGCCCACCCCCUCCCAUCCCCCUGCCAGAUCUCUGCUCCAGACUGGCCUUUGGAACCCAGGACUUUGGGGUUUUAUGUCAGGGCCAGAGUGGCAAAGGGUUCACAGCUCCAAAGAACGGCAGACAUGGCCACUCCUUCCCCACAGCGACUCGGCCAAUUAGUUUAACCUCACUCUGUGGCACUUUGAAGGGAUCCCCAUCUCUCCGCCAACAGCUGUAGGGAUUGAGCCCCAGUGCCAACUUCCUCUCCCCCUUGGGCCCUGCCCACAGCUGGUGCUUGCUGCAGCUUCCUGUGCCUUAUUUAACCACCCCUUUCUUCCCCUGCCCUAGGAAGGAGGCUGCACCUUUGUAUGUUAUAUUCAGAUAAACUUUGUAACUUUUUGGA